UCCUCAGCAGACUCCUCCUCCGCCAUUUUUGACUGUAAACAUCCUGCCGAUUUUAAAAGGACAGCGCUGAGCGGGAGGAAGGCGACUGGCGCCAUCUUGGCAGUUUUAAUGAGUACAACAGGGGAGAAUACGCUGGGAGAUAUAACAUAAGAAUUUGAAAUUUCACUCACAAAGGGGCACUGUUGGUAAGUGUGCUUGCAGAUGAAAUAUUUGCGCCCAGUCUAGUGUAUUUUGUGCGACCAAAUAAGCAUGCAUGUUUGUGUGUAUUUGUUGCGGCCUUCAUUGUACCAGGAGCCGUUAGCCACCAGCUAACGAUACAGUUAGAAAAAAGUAUGAGCUCAAUCUGAGUGCGCCUCGUUUCUUCGAGCUUCACUAUCUAUUUUUUUGAUAAGCGCACAUAGUUAGCUGUUUUCUUCACUCGGAAACAACAUCAGCAGACAUUUAUGCUGUUCACGCACGGUACAUGCCCAUUUCAUUGCUCGCUUUUGUAGUUAGCUGGCGGCUAUUGUAACGUUCAUGUAGUUCGUCCCACUUGAUGGCGCCGACUAUUUACUGGCGUGGACCAACCCCUUGGCGCUUUGAGGUAUCACCUUAUAGUAAUUGCACAGUUAACCGCACUUUUUUGGCAUUUAGCUUACCUUUUCACCCCCGAAGUAGAAGAAAUAAUGAUUUAUUAAAGUACACCUGGACAACAGCAUCGAUUAAGGUUGAUAAGUUUACGGCGAGCAUGCAGUUUCAGCGUUUGCCUCCAAAUAUGGACAGAGGCGGAACUUUAGUUGAAUGAAUGUUAGUUUGGCAAAAUAUAGGUUUAUAUUUAUAAUGAUCUUGCAUGUAAUCAAAGGAAAAAGAAUCAGCAGAAAUGGUUAUAGUUGAUCGAAUAGAUCACGCCUCACAACAAGUGCUUUUAGAUUUUAGCUCAAACGUGUAAAGCAGGCUAACGCCCCCUGGACAACAUUUAAUAACGUAAUACUUACAAGUAUUGAAAGUUUCCACGAGGAGAACCCACUCUUGAGGACAUCACCGGUUAAAAGUUCGACAAAAGAUAUGGCAUGCAGUUUUAAUAUACGGCUUUAUUGAGAAGUUAGGUUUUCCUGACUAAUAUCACAAAAGGGUUACACAACAUUUAAGAUGUCUGCCUGAUGGAGUUGUCAAAGCUUGUGCUGCUUAUAUGUUUGGGCCCCUUUUCAUUUGUGUAUAUCCAAAUAAACAUGUGUUUAUUCAUGUGCCCGCCCCUCUAUAUUGAUGUACCAGCAGAAUGUCUCUGGAUUGCUUGUUUCCAACUUAAGAUUUGUUUUCUUCUCUUACCAAAGUCAAAAUAUUUGUUUCUCUUUUGUCUCUUAAAAUGAUUCUUCCAAGCUGUUUUCCUCUUCCUUGUUUUAUUUCUUUAUCCUCCUUAAAGGAUUACUUUUCCACCUUCUGAUGCGUUGUGUUUUUCAGGUAAACCACACAGUAGUGAGAGUUUGUGCGUGAGCCGGAGGAACCAGGGCAAUGUUCUACGCCCACUUUGUCCUCAGCAAACGUGGGCCGCUGGCCAAGAUCUGGCUAGCGGCCCAUUGGGACAAGAAGCUGACCAAGGCCCACGUGUUCGAAUGCAACUUGGAGAGCAGCGUGGAAAGCAUCAUCUCACCCAAGGUAACAAAAUGAGUGCGUGUUGUACAUGCUGAAAGGGUACACUCUGGGUUUUUCCUCAGGAGGCUUUGUGCUCUUUUUUUCUCUUCUUUGCUUUAUUGUGACUGCUCUCAAAGAAAAGAAGACUCUAUUUAUAUCAUAGUUGAUCAAAGAGAAAACACGUACAAAAUACACGUUGGUUAGAGUAUGAAUUUGUUUACAUUCUUCUUUAUUUUGAAGGAAUUUGCAGUUAUGAAGUUUUUUGUUGUUGUUGACUUUGUGGUUUGGUCUCUCAGGUGAAGAUGGCACUGCGGACGUCAGGUCAUCUGCUCCUUGGUGUUGUGAGAAUCUACCACAGGAAGGCCAAGUACCUGCUUGCUGACUGUAAUGAAGCAUUCAUUAAGAUCAAGAUGGCUUUCAGGCCAGGUGAGGAGAAGAAAAUAAAUUCUCAUCACAAUUCUGUUAUUUUGCACCCAGGAAUGUUUGGUUAUUUUCCAUUUGAUUGAAGAACCACACGGGUCAGAUACUGGUCCAGUAUGAUAGUUUCAGAGACAUAUGAUGUGCUGUAACAGUACCACUUCUUGUGUCGUAAUCCAGGUGUGGUGGAUCUACCGGAGGAAAACAGAGAGGCAGCUUAUAAUGCCAUCACCUUACCUGAGGAGUUCCAUGACUUUGACCAGCCGCUUCCUGACCUAGAGUGCGUUGACGAUGCUUACUGCCUCAUGGUAUAUUUCUAUGUGUUACGCACAUCUCUAAUGUGUUCUGUGCAUUCUUAUUUCCAACAGUGACAUAGAUGUGGCGCAGCAGUUCACCCUUAACCAGAGCAGAGUAGAGGAGAUCACCAUGAGGGAAGAUGUUGGCAACCUCAACCUGCUGCAGGAUAAUGACUUUGGUAGAACACAAUGAAUACUCACUUCACGUGUCUGUGUAGAUAAAUCCAUCAUGAGUGAGCCACAGAAAAAUAUUGUGGUGUUGAUUUUAGAUGGAUAAACAAACCAUCUGCUGAUUAUGCUGUACUGAGAACCUGCUGUCUUUUCAGCUGACUUCGGCAUGGAUGACCGGGAGAUGAUGCGUGAUGCCAGCACAUUUGAAGAGGACAUCAUGCAUGGUGCCACCGCCUCUAACCUUUUGCUGGAGGCUGAGCCAGGUCCUGCCAACCUCCCUGACAAGUCCAACCACAUGGAGUAUGACGAUUUUGGAGACGGCUCGAUGGGCAACAGUGAUGGGGGAAUGCUGGGUUUGUAACUUUAUUCUUUUGUCUCUGCAUGCACUUCUGUUGAUGAGCUGUUGUGUUGUCCUGUGAGAGGAUUUAUGGAGAAAUAGAGUGAACGUUGGAUUGGUCUUGUGUCUCAAUCCUUAGUUGAUAAGCUACUGAGCUCUGAAGAUGGAGGUGGUAUUUUUGACGAUCCUCCAGCCAUCACAGAAAGUGUCAUGAUGCCUCCAGACCACGGGGACGAUGAGGACGACUUCGACAACCUCCAGUCACGUAAGCGAAGCAACGUUCUAUUCCAUUUUUACGAUUGUCCUGUUAUUGUCAAUUUUUUUAAAAGUAAAACACAGUUCUAAGUGCUUGCUCAUAUUGGGAGCACGUUGCAGAGAGUAACUUGUGUAGUUAUAGCCUUUUGUAACAUGAGAUUUUCUGUGUGUAGCGGGCCCAGACAGCCCAGACUCCGGUCCAGCAGAGCCACUGCCAGCAAUGGCUGACCAGACAGAACAGACCACUUUGGUCCACAAUGAGGAGGAGGCCUUCGCCCUGGAGCCCAUUGACAUCACUGGUACGAUUCUCAUCUGCCUUUCUAAAAACAACAACAACAACUUCCUAGCUUUCUCAUCUGUGUUUCAAUUAACUAUCAUUUCCUCUUGUCUCUAUGGUUCUUCUUUGAAGUUAUCUCUAAGUGUUUGUUCUCUCAGUGCUCUCUGAUUUGUAAGUAGCCAUGAAGCAUUGAUAGUUUAUUUCUGUCUCCAGUGAAAGAGACCAAGGCAAAGCGUAAGAGGAAGCUGAUUGUGGACAGCGUGAAGGAGCUGGACAGUAAGACCAUCAGGGCCCAGCUCUCCGACUACUCAGACAUCGUCACCACCCUGGACCUUGCUCCUCCCACCAAGAAGCUAAUGAUGUGGAAGGAGACCGGAGGAGUGGAGAAGCUCUUCUCUCUGCCUGCUCAGCCCCUCUGGAAUGCCAGGCUGCUCAAGGUAAGCAAGUUUGUCAAAAAGGUGCAUGUGUUUGUGGAUAAAUAUGGACACACAUCUGCUGCUCUAACUAUAUGAUAACAUAAUUAAGCUGUCAUCUGUCAGCGUGAAUUCAAUUUAACAAUAUUGCUGCUUGAGAAACGGUAAUGAACAAGCCACACUGGAGGUUGGACUCUCGGAGCAGGUCAGACUCUGACAUUGUUACCUGCUGGAGAAGAGAGUAGGUUUAUAAUAUUGUAACUUGCAUUGACAUUCUGCUCAGGUUGAGGGAUUUCAAAUGAGAACAAUGAAAGAACAGGAGGUUGAGGGAGUGAUUGGUUUUCUCUUUUUUUUUUUUUGCUCUCCUUUCACACCCACACGUUAACCUCUCCAGAAUACUAAAUUGAAAACGUGUUGAUGCAUAAUUUAGCAGUCUCCUCUCCCCUUUGUCUAGUGUCAGUCUUUUCUAAGAGCUUCUGCAUUUUUAUUCCGCUCCUGACUUUGCCUAGUUUGUUCUUUUUAUUUAAUAAAACUUCUCUCAAGUUUAACUCUUUAACCUCUGAUGCCAGAUGUUCACGCGCUGCCUGACGCCUCUGGUGCCAGACGAGCUGAGGAAGAGGAGAAAGGGCGGCGAAGCAGACAGUCUGGAUGAGUUCCUCAAAGAGCUGGAGAACCCAGAGGUGCCAAGAGAGGAGGUCAUGGGUCAGCACAGAGAUGUUAUUGGUAAGUUAUGCUGGAAUAGAUGAGAGGAGGCCAUACUCUGGUGCACAUGUUAUCAGUUUUGAGAAGGAAAAAGCGGCAGAGACCUUGAGUAACCCUCUGUGUCCCACAGACCAGACUAUCAUGGAGGAACCCAGCAUGCUCGCAGCCUCUGCCAUGGAGGGCAGCAGGACUACCUUGGAUGAGACGGUUAUGCCUCCUCCAUCUACUCCCCGCGGUGUCAAACGCAAGAACGUUGACAAAGAAAGUGUCCUCCCUGUAAGUACUUGUCCAAUAGCUUUUCUUUUUCCAAGAAAUGAGUUUGGAAAAGGACUAACCAGCAAAAGCAAGAAUGUGAAACAUAAAAAAACUCAUCUAAUUGCUCGGGGUCCCUUUGUUUGUUUCCCUCUUUCAGAUGACUCCCCUGGAGCAGCAGCAGCAGCAGGUGGCUGAGCGCUCCGUCUUGUCCCAGAGGUUAGACAUGCCUCAGCUGGAUCUACCUCCCGAGGAGAGCAGCAUCAGCCUCACCCAGCUUGUACCUGAGCUUGACCUGCUCGGUGAAAAGGGCAAAGACAAGAAGGAUGACAGUGAUGAGGAGGAGGUCAGCUGGAAAUAUCUCUUCUGCUUGUUGACUUGGAAAAUUGUAGUUGAUUGUGGUCUCUAGAAAAAUGAUGACAGACUGAGUGAGCCUACUGAUAAGAAAUAGCAAUCGCAUUAAGUUCUUUGCUGUAGUUUUGCUGUAAAAUUCUUUGGUGUGAAAAUAUGAGACAAUACUGGUGUCAUUGUGAACUAAGUAGAAGUGAGUGCUGAUAAGCGUUUUCCCUGAUAAUCAGGAAGAGGAAGGCCAGGCUGGAGAUCAGGAUCAGGAGGAGAAGAGAUGGAACAAGAGGACCCAGCAGAUGCUCCACGGUCUACAGGUAAGGAGGAAGCCUCUUUCCUGUUACAGAUUUUCACGUGAAGACUUGAGAUUUUCAUCUGUCUUUACGCGACAGUCAGACAAAAGAAAAGAGGAGCAUGUUCCAUUUGAUUGAUCCCGCUCAGAGCUUUACUUACAUGUUGUGCUUUUCUUCCCAACAGCGCGUCAUGGCUAAGACUGGUGCAGACUCAGUUAGCCUCCUGGAACUGUGCCGGAACAACAACAAGAAGCAGGCAGCAGCCAAGUUCUACAGUUUCCUCGUCCUCAAGAAGCAGCAAGCCAUCGAGGUCACCCAGACUGAGCCCUACAGCGACAUCAUCGCCACAGCUGGACCAAGAUUCCACCUUAUUUAGACAUCGGAAGAACAGAAGAAAAAAAAAACACUCUGCUUGUAAUAGACCUACUUUUUUAAUUACUCAACUUUUUGCCUUUAUACUUUGUGUUUCCUGUGAGCCCGCUUUUUCUUGGGGAGGGGGGAGUAGUGGGGUAUGGGGUGGAAACUUUUAAAAGCAGAUUUUACUGUACGACAGAUGGAAUCAUGCAGUGUUCACUUGGUUUAAAUGGAGAGAGGAAGAAUGAUUAACAAUUAUAUUUAUAAAACAACCUUUUUCAGUCACCAAUUUGUAAGCUUUGCUUUGUCUUUAAGUUAAAGUUCCAUUGUCUGCUCAUUCCAUAAGUUUUGUACCAUUUCUCCUCUUAAACCGAAAAUGAUGCAGAUUUGAGCCCAGGCCCUGUAUUUUCACAUGAAAUUGUGUAAACGUUCUGGAAAGGUACUGUUUUUUUGCUCGGAAGUGUAACCUUCUCAGACUCUCCAUGUUGCACUUGUUUUGUCAUGUAAAACAAAAACUUCAAUCCGUCAGCAAUUUGGUGAAUCUUAACCUGGCGAUAGAUAUCAUGUUUCAGAUGUAUAAUUCCAGCAGUUUACCAGUUAAGUUUUAUGUAAUAUUUUUUGUACCUUUUUACGUUUAUGCUUAUUCAACUUUUCGCAUAUGUAACUAGGUAAUGUACUUGUUACAGUUAAGUUCAAUAUCCCACCUUUUUAGUCUUUGGGUAACUUCUAGUUGUGAUACAUCUGUAAAGAUUUGAAAUAAAGUGUUUUAAGUAUUUGGUAA